AUGUCAGACAAUAAUAAUCGCUUCAACAAAACAAGUCAAAGUGAAAAAAAAUGGCAACGGAAGAAAAAUAUCAAUAACGAAAAAGUUAUUUCGUCAUCAGUAUCACCGUCAUUCUUAGUAUUUGUUCAAGAAAUUGAGCUAGAAGGGCCUAGAAAAUUGUCUUCGCAAUUUAUGAUUAAUAUUAAAGAUUUCUUCAACGGUACAUUACAAAACAUAACGAGUUUACAUGAAGAAGACAAUGAAGACGAUUUCGAAGAACAAAAUAUAAAUAACGAGACUAUGUAUCAAUAUUAUUGUAGCGACUCCGCCACAUUUUCCGAUGACUUAUUUUGA